AAAGUUUAUUGCGGGAUCUUUUCUAUCCAGUGGCUGCACAAUAGGGUCAUCGGGAAUUGCUCUGGUUUUAACUGCAGUGGGCUGAAGUCACUCGGGCCAUAACCAAUCGUCAGAAUGCUAAUUGAAAAAGAAACAAAGAAUAUCAUUGUUGUCAGCUUUGGAUUUUUACUGCUAUUCACUGCAUAUGGAGGACUUCAAACGGUCCAGAGCAGUCUAAAUAGUGAUGAAGGCCUGGGCCUGGCCUCACUAAGUGUCAUCUACGCAGCUCUUAUCAUCUCUUCAAUGUUUCUUCCACCUAUAAUGAUAAAAUAUUUUGGUUGUAAGUGGACCAUUGUUAUGUCCAUGUGCUGCUACGUUACAUUUUCAAUUGGCAAUUUUUAUCCCACAUGGUACACACUUAUUCCCACUGCAGUAAUUCUUGGACUGGGUGGAGCUCCACUUUGGUCUGCUAAAUGUACAUAUCUGACCAUUUGUGGCAACCGAUAUGCAGCGAAGUUCAAUAAGGUUUCAGAAAAUGUAGUAAAUCACUACUUUGGAAUUUUUUUCCUUAUAUUUCAAUCAUCUGCUGUUUGGGGAAAUCUAAUGUCUUCAUUAAUAUUCCAAUAUACUUCCAGUAACGGCAACAUCACUGCCGAGCAUUUAUCAUACUGUGGAGCUGCUAAUUGCCCAGCGUAUGAUUCAAUAAUCAAUGAAAAUGUAACACAAGCCAGCUAUUCAGCGUCCACAAUUUACCUUCUCUCAGGAAUUUAUACUGGUGUUGGCAUAAGUGGAGUGAUCUUUGUUGCCAUUUUUCUGGACCAGUUCGAUAAGAAAGAAGUGAAUGAGUUCAAAAAGCAGAAGAUAAAUAUGUGUACUCAUUUAGUGGCUACGUUAACACAUUUGAAGGAUAAACGGCAGAUUCUGCUCAUUGUCAUGACAAUGUACAGUGGGUUUGAACAGGGUUUCCUUGCCGGUGAUUAUACAAAGGCCUACAUCACCUGUGCACUUGGAAUACAAUAUGUUGGUUAUUGUAUGAUCUGCUUUGGUGCCUCUAACUCCAUUUUUUCUUUAACUUUUGGAAAAUUGGCAAAAUAUACUGGACGUAUUCCCCUGUUCUUCUUUGCAACCCUUGUUAAUUUGGCAUCAAUAAUUUCAUUGCUUUUAUGGAAACCACAUCCGGAUCAAUUACCAGUAUUUUUUGUGUUUCCUCUGCUGUGGGGAAUGGCUGAUGCUAUUUGGCAGACGCAGACAAACGCCCUCUAUGGAGUGUUAUUUCUGGAACACAAAGAAGCAGCAUUUGCCAACUAUCGGUUGUGGGAAUCUGUGGGAUUUGUUAUAGCAUUUGCUUAUGCAAACUUUAUCUGUAUAAAGAUCAAGUUGAUUAUCUUAUUGAUAGUCUUGUUAACAGGCAUGAUUUUGUAUGGUGUUGUGGAAUACCUUGAAUACUCAAAAGUGAGGCAGGAAAUUGAUGAGAAAGUUCAUGAAAGUGGAUCAGAAACACAUGCUAUUAUCUCUGAGACAAAGUUUUGACGGCAGAUUUUCAUUUAUUAUUUCAGAGGUUUCCACUAAUAACCAAAUAUCAGCAUUUUUUAAAAUCUGUAAUUUUGUAAGUUACUAAUUGUAAAUAUAUAUAUUUAAAAUAAAACUCUUGUAUUGACUA